AUGAGCAGUAUCUAUAACUUAGAGCCAUAUACGAAUGGGAAGGUCCUCCUACAGACAACUGUUGGUGAUAUCGAAUUGGAAUUAUGGGGAAAAGAGUGUCCAAAAGCUGUUCGUAACUUUAUCGCUCUUUCUUUAGAAGGUUACUACGAUAAUUGCAUUUUCCAUCGGGUCGUACCUGAGUUUAUAGUUCAAUCCGGUGAUCCUACAGGCAUUGGUACUCGCGGUGAAUCGUUCUUUGGUGAACCUUUCGAAACUGAACCACACCAACGUCUCCGUUUCAAUAGAAGGGGUUUAGUUGGUAUGGCACACUCUGUCGACCCAGACACAGCAGAACGCGACAAUAGAGGCAGAAUUCUGCGCACCAACACCUCCCAAUUCUUCAUAACUAUGGCAAGCACACCAGAACUCACUGGUACAAACACGUUAUUCGGUAGAAUUGUCGGUGAUACCAUCUUCAACGCUCUCAAAAUUGGCUCUUACGAAACUGAUUCGAAUGAAAAACCCCUCUAUCCACCCAAAAUUAAGUCUAUAAAGAUCCUGAUCAACCCUUUUGGCGAUAUCGUCCCUAGAAUUACCCGUGCUGAGAGAAUAUCUCAAAGUAGAGCGAAAGAGGAGAGACAAAAAGAGCGCACAGAGGAAAUGGCUAAACUUGGUCGAAAAAAAGCAAAGAAGAACACAAAACUGUUGAGUUUCGGCGAGGAGGAGGAGACUGACGAGCAACCAGUCCAGCCUAGCAAAAUUAAAUCAUCUCAUGAUCUCCUAGACGAUAAUACACUGCUAAAAGAGGAUGAUACUGGGCGAAGUGGGAAGGGUUAUAUUGAAAAAAGUGAGACUGAGGAAAAACAGUCGAGUAAUCGGGACAAGAGCAUUGAAAAUAAACCUAAAAAGACCCCUGAUCUCUCUUCUAUACGUAAACAAUACACUGAAAACACAGACACGGACCUCAAAGAAUCCAUACGACACACAGAAGAUGCCAUACAAUCUAUUAAAGGUGGCAAUAAGGGUGAUGAAGGGAAAGCGACAAAGAAAGAACCCAACGAUGACUACACGGCGAUGUUGUCCUCGUACAAAAACAAAAACAAAAAUGCAACCAAGGCGAACAAGAAGAUCAAUACACUUGAUCGCCUUAAGGCUUUCAAGGAGGGAUUGAAGGGGGUGAGUGUGCAGGACGAACCAGGCGACAAGAAGGUUGAAGAUAACGCUAACACACCAAUUGACGCACCUUACGACUAUGACAAAGACGACGACGAUGACCCUAAUUGGAUGAACCAUCAACUCCACUCCUCGCAAACAGACCGGCUUCAGGACGACCAAGCUCGCAGGGCUGAGGUCGACUAUGACGUCAUCGAUCCGCGUCAAUUCAAGCGUGCACGGAAGCAUGAGAAUCCCAACAGUGACAUACGCGGCCGGAGUGGAGGUGCGUAUUCGAGGAGGUAG